CGAUUCACUCCGAUUUUUAUAAACAAAGCCAUGCCGAAAGCUGCAUAUUUUGAGAUUCUAGCCGGAACUUACGAAGAGUAUAUCCUGGGAUACUUCUUUUCAUCCAAAGAAAAGAAGCUCACUCAAAGUGUUGCAUCCCACGAUCAUUAUGGUAGUGUAAGAGCACUGGCAAUAUGUGACAAAUAUUUAGCUUCCGGGGCCACCGACGAUAGAAUAAUUAUCUACAAUUUAAAGUCCCGGAAGGAACAUUGUAUGCUGACACAUCAUGAGAGUACAAUAACUGCCCUUGCGUUCACGAAAGAUCAUUCCCACAUUAUAUCUGCGAGUCAAGACGGUUCUUUAGCUAUUGUAAGAGCAGGCAACUGGCAGUUAGAGAAACUAUGGACUAAAGCACAUAAAGGAGGUACUAUUUUGGAUAUAGCAGUGCAUUCUAGUGGCAAACUAGCACUAAGUUUGGGCACUGACUGUACUAUCAGAACAUGGAACCUGAUAAAAGGAAGAGCGGCAUAUAUUAUUAAUUUAAACAGUAAAUGCGAGGACCCAAAGAGUUUGGAGAAAAUAAUAUUCGGCCCGGAUGAUGUUAAGUUUAUUUUGUAUGGUGGAAAAAUCACUCAAAUUUGGAGUAUUGAGACUGGAGGAAUACUAGAAGAACUGAAGCAUGAGGAGAGGGUAACUUCUUGUGUGUGGAUGGACAGUAAUACUGUGUUUAUUGGUUAUGAAGAUGGUAAAAUAAGUGUGUGGGACCUAGAAAGUAAAACACAGAAAAUUUCACAGCAAGGGCACAAUGGUAGAGUAAAAGCAGCUCAGUAUUUUGAGGGAUUUAUCACUACAGCUUCAAGUACAGGACAAAUUAAAGUGUGGACAAGGAAAUUAAGGGAAAUUGCAUGUGUCAACACAGAUUGUAGAAUAACAUGUCUUUCUAUAGCUCAGUGGUCGGGCAUAGUUAAAAAGGAAGAAGAAGAAACACAUAAUAUUGAUGAGGUUGUCAAAGAGAGAAUACCACAAAAAAGUACUGUUGUUGUAGAAGUAGAAUAUAGUUCGGACAAAGAAUUAAGUUCAGUAAAGAUAAAUAACACUAAAAGAAAAUUAAAAGGUGACACUGCUGCUAAAACUAAAAAAAAUAAGAUGGAGAAUACAGAACAGACAGAACAAGUAAAAGUAGGGAACAAAUCUAAAAAUAUUUCAAAGAAAAAGAAGAAAAAACAUAAUGUAUGAUGUAGUAUAUUUAACAAAAUAUAAUAUAUAACAAUAAAA